AACGAAAGAGAACGAAGAAGAAAAGAGAAACCGAAGAGGUUUGGCUUCUAUAUACGAGGAUGUACAACAUAUCCACGCAUGCUGAUGAAUAAGACCGCUCAGAGUGCAUCUAGCGGUCCUAGUUCGCGCUCACGCUAUACAUACAGCCCAGUGAGGACAGCUUUUGUUUUUCGGUGCUAUAGUUUUUCUGAAAAAAAAAAUUUACGCACUCGAAUUGUGACAUUUGACGCGUGCCCUUCUUUUGGAAUUCGUGUAACUUUGCGAAAUAGAAAGAGAUGGUUAAAAAAAGUAGCGGACCUGGCCCAGAAGAAGAUGGCCAGCGCACGGCUCGAGAAUUGGGCAGAAGUAACACGGCCUUCGAAGAGGAUGAUAACCAUUUUUCUUCAAGCCCCGUUCGGACUCCAGCGAAAGUUCGUCAACGCCAACAAGUCCGCUCUGCCGAAGCGCUUGCCAACGAGUUCAACAAUGCCGCUUUUGUACAGGACGAUGACCAGCAAUCCAUCACUCCACCACCGCCAUAUCCCUGCGAGGCUGCCACUCCCGAUGGACAGGUGUCGCCAAUGGCAAUGGAGGAUGCAAAAACCACCGAAAGAGAAACAUGGGGCAGUCCAUUAGAAUUUUUGCUAUCAUGCAUCGCGAUGUCUGUCGGUUUAGGCAACGUUUGGCGUUUUCCUUACACGGCAUACAAGAAUGGCGGUGGCGCGUUCCUCAUUCCUUACAUCAUCGUAUUGCUCUUCAUUGGAAAGCCACUAUACUUUUUGGAAAUGGCCAUGGGUCAGUUCUCCAGUUAUGGCAGCGUUAAGGUCUGGGAGGUCGUCCCCAUUCUCAAAGGUGUCGGAUACGGCCAAGCACUGGCGACGUGGUUCGUUGUGACCUACUACUGCGUUCUCAUCGCCAUCACGCUCUUCUAUUUUUUCUCGUCGUUCCAGGCCAUUCUGCCAUGGACAGUGUGCAACACGAGUUGGCUCUCUGCCGACAAUUGCUACAACAGCAGUGCAGAUACCAACUUGACAUCGUUCAACAUUUCCGGACUCAAAUCUUCGUCUGACCUUUACUUCAAUGAGGAAGUCAUCAAGAAAAUUGACUCGAUCGAUGAUGGAAUCGGUGUGCCCGAUUGGAAACUGACCCUGUGUCUUCUUCUGGCAUGGAUUCUCAUUUGUGCCAUCCUCAUGAAAGGCGUGGCGUCGUCAGGCAAAGUUGCUUACUUCACUGCUCUUUUCCCGUACGUUGUCCUAAUUACGUUGCUCGUUCGAGGUGUGACUUUGGACGGAGCAUCCGAUGGCAUCCUCUACUUUAUACGACCUGAAUGGUCAAAACUUCUCGAUGCAAACACGUGGUAUGCAGCCGUAACGCAGUGCUUUUUCUCCCUAUCAGUGGGCUUUGGUCCGAUCGUCAUGUUUUCCAGCUAUAAUCCGUUCAGACACAAUAUUUAUAGGGACGCGGUGAUCAUCAGUUUGAUGGAUACGUUCACUAGUUUCCUGGCCGGAAUCACCAUAUUCGCUAUUCUGGGCAACUUGGCUCACGAGUCGGGUAAAAGCGUGACGGACGUCGUUUCUGCCGGAACCGGAUUGGCAUUCGUCAGCUACCCCGACGCCAUCGCUAAAUUCCAAUACGUCCCUCAAUUUUUUGCGGUCAUGUUCUUCUUGAUGUUGCUCACGUUGGGUAUCGGAAGUGCCGUAUCGCUAACCGGCUGCGUGAUUACCAUCAUUUGCGAUGAUUUCCCUCACUGGAAGCGAUGGCUCGUGGUCACGGCCAUCUGCAUUAUCGGAUUCGUUUCGGGAUUGGUUUACGUCACUCCUGGCGGCUUGAUCAUCCUGGACAUUGUCGAUUAUUUCGGCGGCGGUUUCAUCAUUUUCCUGAUGGCCACCAUCGAAACGAUCGGCAUUUGCUGGAUCUACGGACUCAACCGCUUCGUUCGCGAUAUCGAAUUCAUGCUGGGCAUCAAACUCAACGCGUACUGGAAAAUCACCUGGGCUUACGUCAUACCUGCCGUGUUGGUCUUCAUCUUUUGUUACGCAAUGGCAACGUAUACGCCAUUGAAAGAAGGCGAUUACGUGUACCCUGCAGUUGCAACAGGUGCUGGAUGGAUUCUAGCGGCGAUUGCCAUCCUACAAGUUCCCCUGUGGGCAGCCAUUGCAAUCUACCGACAAAAGAAUUGUACUAGUUUCUUCGAGCGGAUUAAGAGCAGUUUGAAAGAGACGGACCACUGGGGCCCUAAGAAUCCGGCGCACCGACUCGAAUGGAAGAAAUUUCAGCUAGAAAAGCCUCAUCAUCAUACGAGCUAUUCUGCUCGGCUGUGGUAUCCAAAAGUGCCGUCUCGAAUGACGUACGAUGUGUCCACGUUGACGGUGAGCAACAACAAUCCCCUCCCGACCAAAGAAGCGGGUCAUCAACGUCAGAAAGUGAUUUCAGCUCCUCAUUCGCGCUCAACAUUCGAAAAUGAAAUUGCGGAUUAAAACAAAGCGACGUCCCACGAUGUUGAAUCCUUUUCAAUUUUUUUCAAUGAAACGAAUUUUUUUAAAAUUCAUGUGUCCUUGUUCUUUCAUUUUAUCGUGGACUAUUGUACAGUUAAUGUCCUUGAUCGUUUUACUAUACACAGAGAUUAGCGGAUUUUGGGGGAUAAAAGAAUUGCUGGGCCAUCAACUAAUUAUUUUUAGAAAACCGGAUUUCAUCACGACUUGUUUGCUGCCAUCGCAAGUUGUACCAAGACUCCCGCGUGAAAAAGAAGGUAAUAAACCUUGACAUUUCAAGCAUAACCAUAUCUUCUUUUUGUUUUGUUUUUUCUUAAUUAAAAGGUACGUGAGACAGGAGAGGUUUCGACAGACGCAAAACAUCUCCUAUUAAGACGCUGACUUCCGGUGGCUAUGCAAAUAUCGUCACGACGUACCGGAAUUUUCUUUUCGGAGGAAAUGCGUUUUACAACUGUAACAGGUAUAUGUCAAAGGAAACAUAGGGCAAGCCAUCGUGGAAACUUUCAAGGGAAAAACCCAUCUUACUCCUUUCGAGGUGGGUUUUUAUGCCAACCCGACGGCCAUGGGGUCUUCCCCAGUUUAUGCUAAUGCAAUGACGCAUCCCAAGAAAGUUCAUCCUUGAUAACAUCUGAAAGAAAA